AUGCAUCGCUUUCAUCGACUGGUCGUAUCCAAACGGGGUGUUGUGUUGGCCUGUGAUAACAAUGAAGCCACGUCCUGGAUGUUGAGUAAAAGAUGGCUUUCCGCAUCGCCACAGUCCAAACCGAAGGAACGGAGUGCACCGGCCGCUACGGUCAAUACUUCCUUCAUGGCGAAUUUGUUCCGUGGCGAAAUUGAACCACUGCAGGUGUUCCCCUACCCCGACUCACUGAAGCCGGAACAGAAGGAGAUGGUUGGGUCGUUGAUUGAUCCGGUUACUCGCUUUUUCGAAGGCUAUGAUCCAGUCAAGGCGGAAAAGAAUGGCGGACCGGAUGAGGCAACGUUCCAGAGCAUGUGGGAGAUGGGACUGAUGGGUAUGCAGGCCCCGGAAGAGUACGGUGGCCUAGCCCUACCGAACACCGGUUACGCCCGUAUGGGUGAGUUGGUUGGUGCGAAGGAUUUGGGCCUGGCGGUGGUGUUCGGUGCACACCAAAGUAUCGGCUGGAAGGGUGUCUUGCUGUACGGAACUGAGGCGCAGAAACAGAAAUAUCUGCCGAAGGUCGUUACCGGUGGUACGAUUGCUGCCUUCUGUCUAACGGAACCAAGUUCCGGUUCCGAUGCCGGUUCCAUUCGCAGCAGGGCAGUGAAGUCGGCGGACGGAUCGCAUUACGUGCUGAAUGGGUCGAAAAUUUGGAUCAGUGGCGGUGGACUGGCGAAUCUGCUUACCGUGUUUGCGCAAACUGAAAUCACCGAUCCAAAGACGGGCCAGAAGCGUGACAAGGUGACGGCGUUCAUUGUGGAGCGUGAUUUCGCCGGCGUAACGAGCGGACCGCCGGAAGAAAAAAUGGGCAUCAAGUGUUCCAACACGGCCGAGGUGUACUUUGACGAUGUGAAGAUCCCGGUCGAAAAUGUGCUCGGUGGUGAGGGCAAUGGGUUUAAGGUGGCGAUGAACAUUCUGAAUAAUGGCCGGUUCGGUAUGUCGGGUACGCUUGCGGGCACGAUGGCACACUGCAUUCGAAAGGCGGCCGAACAUGCGACCACGCGCGUCCAGUUUGGGCAGAAGAUUGAAAACUUUGGCAAUGUGCAGGAAAAGUUGGCCCGCAUGGCGAUGCAUCAGUACGUGAGUCAAUCGAUGGGGUACAUGAUAUCGGGUAACAUGGAUGCGGGACACACGGAUUACCAUCUGGAGGCGGCCAUCUCGAAGGUGUUUGCGUCCGAGGCGGCUUGGUAUGUGUGCGACGAAGCGAUUCAAAUUUUGGGCGGCAACGGGUUUAUGAGUGCGAGCGGUUUGGAGAAGUUCCUGCGAGACAUUCGAAUCUAUCGCAUCUUCGAGGGAGCGAACGAUAUUUUGCGGUUGUUCGUUACGCUCACCGGCAUCCAGUAUGCCGGAUCGCAUCUGAAGGAGCUGCAGCGUGCCUUCAAGAAUCCGACCGCAAAUCUGGGACUGAUCUUCAAGGAAGGCUCUCGGCGUGCAGUACGCAGCAUCGGGUACGGUGGUACGGAUCUGAGUGCGUUCGUGGCUGAGCCGCUGAAGGAAUCGGCUGCGCUGUGUGCGGACAGUAUCGACCGAUUCUCGAAGACUAUCGAGGAGUUGUUGAUUAAGCACGGGAAAGGUAUCGUCGAUCAGCAGUUCCUGUUGAUCCGAUUGGCUGAUUCGGCGAUCGACAUUUACGCCAUGUCGUGUGUGCUUUCGCGCGCUACGAAGGCUAUCCGCGAGAAUCAACCGUCGGCGGAACAUGAAAUACUAAUGGCGAAGGCUUGGUGUGUGGAGGCAAACGAUCGAGUGCGAAUUAACAUCCGAAGAGCAAGUAAUGGAGUGUUUGUGAAGAACUACGCCACGAUGAGCGCAAUUGCGAAGAAUAUCUGCGCCCAGCAAGGAAUUGUUCAAUCGAACCCUGUUGGAAUCGUGUAG